AUGGCUCACAAAAUUACCAAAAAAGAAGAAACGGAGUUCAAGGUUCCUGAAACCAUCACACCAUGCAUCAACCCUCCAACCACCGCCACAACAACCACCGUAGCAGAACCGUCUAGAUUUUUCAACGACAACAAUUCAACACCCAGAUCCGCCACGUCAUCACGCUCCCCGAAACGAUCUCAUCCUAGCGAGGCCGAUUCAGAACUUCAACUUCAAACGACGUCGUCUGAAGCCAAACGCGCUGUUAACCGUUGCUCCGGUUGUAGAAAGCGAGUCGGUCUUACCGGAUUUCGUUGCCGUUGCGGUGAUCUUUUCUGCUCCGAGCAUCGUUACUCCGAUCGUCAUGAUUGUUCGUAUGACUACAAAGCUGCAGGACGGGAAAGUAUUGCUAGAGAAAAUCCUGUUGUGAGAGCGGCCAAGAUCGUUAAGCUCUGA